AUGUUUGCUACAUUUGCCCAUGCCCAGUACAAGCAGAAUGUUGGUGGCCGGGUGAUCUCCAAGGCCGAGUACAUCACCAAGGGCGUUGCCAGUGAAUCCGAGAUUGACUCGCUGCUGAGCCUCACUACAGACUAUCCUCUCACAAAGGAGCUUUUGGAUGAGUACAAGCAGAAUGGAUUUGUCGUACUGAAAGACUUUUUGAACACCACAUUUUCUUCUGCCUUGGAAAAGGUGAUUGGCCACAACUUGGACGAGUUGGCUUUCCCUGACAUGCUCACAGGUUGUUCUCGCAAGUUCCACGGUGAAUACUACCACAUCAGUAUAACGUGGCGCUUCUGGCAGCAACCCCGAAUUGCCAACAUGAUCAGCAAGCUGGCCUUGGGAGGAGACACGCCCUACUCUGUCACCUCUGAGAUUCUGGAAAUACAAAAUGGUCCAUCUUGCAUCCCUCAAUGGCACUGGGACUUCCUCACAUUUCCGCAGACAUACGAAGCCAGCUACACCAGUGGAGCACAAAUCUGGAUGUCAUCCGAAUAUGUGGACGAGACCAUUGGUGGUGGCAUUACCUUUGUCCCUGGAAGCCAUUUGUGGGCACAUGAAGGUGUUGACAUGGGUUCCUCGAAGCACCCUUGCUUCAUCCACAACCUGUUUGAACCCUUGUCCGAGGAAUGCCAGAACCUUUUGGAGACAACCAAGGUGGCCCCCACACUAGCUCCCACUGAUAUUGUGGUCUUUAGCCGCUUCACUCUCCACCGAAGCCUUGCCCGGGACCCUGAGCGCCCGUUCGAAUCGGGACGUCGUUUGGGAUAUACACUGCGCCUUGGUUCUGGAAGCUCCAUCUUUAAGCGUGACACCAUGUGCUGCUUUCCCUCUCACCCCACCUCCAACUUUGAUGGACAAAUUGAGGAAGGAGAGCGUUACGAUUCGGCUGCAGAGAAUGACAAUGCUGUCUACAGACCCAUGCAAGGACCUGUUGACAGCGAGGAAUCCAUUCUCAAGAGUGGCCACGGAAUGUCUCUGUCUCGCUUCUUGACCUACUCGAUAGAGUCUACAUUCCGCCAAAAGGUUCAUUACAAGCUCUUCUCGGCUGUGGAACAAUAUGUGAAUGGAUUGGCUGGUUCCCAGGUCUUGGAUGUUUCCUACAAAGCAUUGCCCACUGCCGACUCUUAGAAGUUUUGACUGUCUGUCUUGCCAACCACCACUUUUUAGAGUUUUGGAAUUAC